AUGCUUCGUGCGAUUAGAGAUGUUGCGGGUGUAGGGCAACAGCUUUUUUAUUCUAAGGAUGGCGAAUUGGUCCUGAAAUCAAUCACGGAUGAUGCCAUUACUUCCAGGCCUUCGAGCGUGAUAGAAACGACAUCUAAGAGAGUAAGCGGUGCGUCCAGAAGAAUAUCUGCCCAAUUUUACGGUGAUACCGCAUCUCCCCGUAUGCCCGAGCAAUUAGAUGGUAGCAUGCCACCCACGCCUGCUCGUGAGGAAUUUGCUCUGGAUAACCGCCGCUGCUUGCCUGUGGUUCCUAAGGGAGGGACUCUCGAGCGAUUGGUAGACAUCCUUGUUUUGGGUGUGGAGGACUUCAGCAGACGAAUGAAUGGGUCGGAUCCGGUGUUCACUGCUGAGAAUGCGCCUUUGCUCCGAAUGAAUAUGGAUGUAUUUACGAUUACUUUCUUUGCUACGUUCCGCAGUUACUGCUCCCCUAUUGUCUUAAUUGAUUAUCUUAAGAAGCGCUUACUGGGUUCCAAAUCGGCAGCUACAAUUUCAGACAACGAGAGUGAUGAUGUUGUAUUUCCGGAUUGGACGGGGGUAGACCAUGUUAGUGACGAGUCUAUCGAUUGGAACCUCGUAGCCAAAAUUCAUAUGGGGAUUCUUGAGGCGGUGAACACCUGGAUAUCGGAGUUCUUUAUUGAUUUCCACUGCGAUCAGUCGCUCGGAGACUCUUUCAUGUCCUUUCUAGCUAUUGCGUCAAAGGAGCUCGCAUACUGGAAGCAUCUAGGACCAGAACAUGGAUACCUCCGCAGACAGGCGGACCAGAUCAAUAGUCUUUGGUAUGAUGUUAGAGGGAAGUUCUCCAACCUCAAUUUCUUGCCCUUACGCUACCCGACUCAGCGGAUGAGUUCGCCACGUGGGAGUCUCCAGAUCCCGCCCUUGACUGAUAUACCAGCUAUUGAGGGCUUUGUCAACUCAUUAGAAGCGAAAGUCCUGGAGUCAUUCAGGAUGGUCAAACUUGUUGACUGGAUGACGGCGUUUGAGAUAUUUGAGACGCAGAGCUCUGAAUCUCUCGGGUUUUUUGUGCCUAAGGUCGCACUUCUCUUUCAUGAUGAUGACGAAGUCCUUCAAGAUAUCUUCUUCGUACUGAGAAAUGUUAGACGGGGUAAUUUAGCUGUCACUCUUCUCGAGACAUUGCCAAGGCCCUUGCGAGAGCUUUGUAAUCUGCGUUCGGACAUUACCGGAUGGGUUCUUGCGCAGAUCGUGGAUCCCCAACUGAAUGCCGAUCGAAGAGCCCACCGUAUUGCAACACUUCUCAGAUGUCUGACAAUAUCUCGAAAGCGCAUGUCAGGAAUGGAUCUCUAUGAGGACACCAGAGGCGGGGCCCGGCAGCAAGUUCCGUCUUUUGUUGCUAGCGUAAUUGCAGCAGCGCUUACCAGGCCGGAGAGUCGAGUCUUUAGUUAUGCUUGGAUGAUGGGGGUAAGAAUGACGGCCGGAGCAGUAACUCAAAUCGACACCCUCGAACAGGUCAUCGUUGAGGAGCUUGAGGGAAUACGAUCCUCAAAGCCUCUUACUCCCUGUGUGGGAUGGAUAAUCGAGAGGCUACUUGAGAUUGUAUGCUACGUGCCAAACAUGGUUGUCGAGAACAAUCGUUUGAUCAACUUUGAUAAACGCCGUUAUGUCUACAACUUUGUCAAUAACUUCACACAUGUCGGCUCUGAGAAGUCAGUUGAUGAACACCUUUCGGUCUGCACAGACGUUUCGUUAUCAUAUCUUCGUCUUCCAGAAAUGCGAACCUUAAGGGAAUUGGCUGCUAAGGAAAAUCAUCCUAUCAGACAAAGCAGGGUCAAGGUGUUCUGGAAGUUACUUCACCAUGAACAAGAGAAGCUUAGGCGCGAUGCGAAGCAACGCGAUGCGAUUGAGAGACAGCAGCGCCAACAACUCCGUGCAGAACACCGCCGGCAACCCACUGCUCCGAACCCUCAACCUGCUGAUAAGAAGAGUAAUAAGAGACUAGGUGUAAAUUCCAUCUUUAGAGCCGUAAGGCCAAUCUCAAUGGCAUUGACUGGGUGGACUCCUCCUCAAUCUUCUGCACGAACGGUCGCUCCUACGGACUUACCCGCGUUGAAAGCUAUUGAACACGGGAAAAAACCGUCAAUUACCAUUGACUUGGCUAGCGUGGCUUCGGUUUCUUGCCCCAAGACAACUCGUGAUAGGCACAUAUGGAAAGUUCGCACAGAUCAAGGGGUCUCAUACCUUUUCCAGGCCCUGUCUGAGAAAGACUUGGAGGGAUGGCUGAGGACAAUCGCGAGUAUCCGAGGUAUCAACGCCACUGACACUACGGAGUCCAUCGAUGGCCUUACUGUUGUGUCCCAGAACCGUGUGCCUCAGCCUGUGUUUGGUGUUUCUUUGGACGACUUGUGUCGGAGGGACCAUGUGAAGGUGCCUAUUGUGGUUGAGGCUUUGCUAUCUGAAAUUGAGACCCGAGGCAUCGACGAGGUUGGCAUCUACCGUGUGCCCGGGUCCCUCUCAAGCAUCAAUGCCCUAAAAAACGCUCUUGAUUCUGGGGAAGAGGUAAGAAUGGAUGAUGAUAGGUGGUACGAUAUCAAUGCCAUUGCGGGUGCAUUCAAGCUUCUCAUGCGCGAGCUCCCGGACAAAGCUCUUGGCGAUGAAGCUUUGUACGAACUUAGGAACAUAACUUCUGAUAUUACGGAUGAUGAUCAACGGGCGCUUGCUUUUCGAGAGAUCAUGCUUCGAUUGCCCGUUAAUAAUUAUAACUUUCUCCGUCGUGUUUACACACAUUUUGCGAGAAUUGCAACCAAUGCAGCGAUCAACAAGAUGCAUGCAGUCAAUCUUGCGAUAGUGUUUGGUAUGGGGCUUUCUCCUGGCUCUUUAAAUAUGCCACUCGGUGUAUCUCCGGACUUGGGCCUUUAUCAAACAAUGGUCAAAGUCUGGAUCACCCAUGCCGAAUUGGUUUUCCCGGAAGUCGAGGACUAUGAGGACCGAGAAUCGGCAUCAGUUAGCAAGGCCGAGUCGGUUGAGAUCCAGUCGUCCGAGCCCUCGUCCCCAGCCAUAGAGUACUCGUCCCCCCGUAUGAGCCUUGAUGAUAGUCGCCCUCAUCUGUAUGCUGAAUCUGAUAAGGGUUUCGUAUAAGUUCCUGGUGGUUUGUUUAGCUGGCUGUUACAACGGAUUUACGGUGAUCAAUUUAUGGGGCAGAGCGGUAGGGUAAGAGGGGUAAAGUGAAGAAGGGAGAGGCAAAUUGGGUUUUCUUUUGUUCCAAAAGUUUGGGGAGAGUAUAUUGUUUUGCUGUUUCUCAUUCAUUCAUUAGAAUGUGCUCGUUUUUCUACUCUUUUUCUCGUUACCAUUGAUCGCUACUUGCUACCAAGAGGAAAGCGAGAGUUAUCUGGCGCAUAGGGAUGGGCUAUCACGUUGGUAUUUGCGCUGGUAGUUACAUCGCACAGUUUAAUUCUGUUCGGUUAUGAUACUCGCCCUCGUUUGCAUCUGUUUUAUCAAGGUGACUUGGUUCCCCAUGGUCAAGUAAUACAGUUUUUAGUACUGCA